UGGCAACCCAAAUCCCCAGUUGGCCGCAGUUCCUAUACAGGAUUCCGGUCAGCAUAUCAAUAUGAAUCUGGAGUUCAGAUACCAUAUAAUAAUAACCGCACCGAUUUUACCAUUUGGGAGGCGCGUAGAUACUAAUGAUGGAUUCGUUGGUCGUGUUUGGGGCUGUUGCUGUUGCUGGGCGGGGAAGCCGGACAUCCCUCGCAACGGCUGUUGGCCAGGACCUGCAUCUCGGCUCGAUAUAUUAGUAUCUCUUUCUUAUAUUCUGACCCGGACAAGCUGUCGGGAUGAUCUAAAGCCUAGCGCGUGAAGAGAUGCGGAGAGGGGGCUCCCUGUGCGGCAUGAUGCUCAAAUGCGGCGGCUUGGUUCAGCUACCAUCCUUCCAGGUAGGGAGGCACCAAGCUCCCAUCCAAACAUACCGGCAGAGGAAGGAUCCACGACUCUUUUCCCAAGUAUAAGGCCGUAGAGCAAAGUUAUCCCGGGACCAGGAUCGAAGAGGGAGGGAUGAAAGCGAGAACAAACCUGGCCUAUUCAUGGUGGAAAGCAGCUUCGGAGACGCUUAAGACCGGGUUUUCGCGUAUGGUGAUUAUUGCGCGAUAGAACUGGUGAUAUCAAUGCACAAGACGACGAAGGUGUGGGAGAACAAGAGCAUGAGGUCGAUACACCAUCGCCAUCCAGUCAAAUGCCUUAGGAUUACCGCUGAGAGGAGCGGAAACUCAAGCGCUAAGCGCGCGUCUAUACACAGCACACGGGCCUUUGGAUGGUUCCCCUUUCGUUCAUCGCCCUCCGACUCACAGCAUACACUACGGCAAGUUCAGUGAGAUACAUAGCUACAUAUAUGAAGAGGUUUCCCACUGCGCUUUGAAACUGGGUGUUGUGGAAUUGGAAUAUACUAGUUGCUCAGGUGUCUCCACCAGUUUUAUGAGAAGCAUUCUGAGAAGCUGGUUUAACUUAUCGAUGUGUCUAAAAGGCGUGCUUUGAGCUUUUAGCACCAUUCAUUUUGGGUGCAAGCUACCGUUAUGCACAGGCUCCUAUGUUUUGUCAUUUGAUUUGAAGGUAGAAUGUCAUUCGAGAGUAUAAAGCUAAUAAAUAUCGCAUUCUUGUAACAUUGUCAUCAACAACAGGCCAAUGGAGUCCAUAUGAACUCCGCAACUCAACUACAACUACAGGACGAAUCUCCAGCUGUCACCAUCUCUGACCCCUUGAUCCUGCAAGCGUCCUCACCGCCCAAGCUGCCAAGCUUGAGGCUCGUAUUCGCUAAAGCACGUGAUUAUACUAGUCUCAGGUCAUUUCUCCUCUCCGAGAAAAUUUUCACCCUUCAAAAGCGCGACGAUUCCUCCCAUCAGCCUGGAAAGAUGCCGUCACGGUCUAUCACUCGUCUUGCGAGACAAUAUGGAGGCACUCCGCUGGUCGAGCUGCCUCCUGUUUUCCUUGCUCCUGCUCUUCAAUUCCCAUUGAGCUUUACUUGCUUCCAAUGCUCGAAAUUUUCCACUACACCAACUCCUGGUUUGAAACGGGACCUGAGUAAACACCGUGGUGUGUCUGCUAUUCACAGGACCGGACCCAGGCAGCCACUAUCGGUGUCAAAGUACCCUUUACCACGGCCAGUUAAGCCCACGGAGCAGGAAAAACGACCUAGCAACCCGAAUCAUGGCCUCUGGGGAUUUUUUGGACCAGAUCGGAAACCUAUCCCAACUCCAGAGCAGGAAUAUGCUCAUGGACGUGCUUGGUCGAUCCAAGAGCUUCGGCAAAAGUCAUGGGAUGACCUUCACAAGCUCUACUGGCUCUGCGUGAAAGAACGCAACCGGAUAGCUACCGCCCGCUGUGAAAGGCAGCGGCUACAGGCUGGUUAUGGCGACUACGAAUCUAACAAUCGUGACAAUACAGUACGGGGUACGCAACAAUCGAUCAAACAAGUUCUUCGUGAGAGAUGGUAUGCCUGGGAGGACGCCCGACAACUUUAUGAAAGUGGCGAGUACUCUCCCGCUGAUGCACAAGUGAUGGAGGAGGAGAACGUUUAUGAACCCCCAGUGUUGGAUGUGGAGGAACCGAGAGGCGAAUCAUCACCGUCUCAUAAGGUUCACCCAUCGUCCUGAGCUACUUUUGUAUCCUCAAUUUCACUUUGUACUGUAAUAGUAACGUUUUUGUAGUAUUAUAAAAUCGUUGAAUUUGUCAGCUUACUGAAUUAUGGAUGGACAAUCUGCAUCUGUAGGCUACUGGGGGCCGAUCAACCCGGGACCCCCAACAC